AUGCUUGAUGAAUAUCGUAGUCGAGCAUCGUUCUCGAUUGAACAAAUGCGAAAUAUAUUCGAUGAUGAACCAUCACAAGCAUAUCGUACUAAACUUUGGUCAAUAUUAAAUUCAAAUCCAAUAUUUCAUCAACCUCAAUAUCCAUUUUCAAUUGAAGAAUAUCGACAUUUAACUUAUCGUCGUUAUAAAGAAUUAAAGAAAUUAAAUUUAUUAACUGAUGAAGAAUUAUUUGAAAAUCCACGUUUUCAAAUAAUUCUUGAACAAUGUUUAACUAUGUAUGAUUCAUCAUGUCAUGGAAAAUAUACAUUACAUAACACAGUAUUUCGUGAAACAAUACGUAAAUUAGGUACACAACGACAUGAAUAUUUACUUGAUUUAGAUAAACAUGAACAAAUUUUUGGAUGUUUUGCAUUAACUGAAUUAUCUCAUGGUAGUAAUACAAAAGAAUUGAGAACAACAGCUAUAUAUGAUUCAUCAACUCAAGUAGACAAAAAUUUCUUUAAGAAAAACAAG